AUGCGGAUUACACUGUUAGCUAUAUAUAGCAAGGCGUACGAAAAUUUAGCACUGGGGAGACCUGCGUAUCAACAAUAUAACUGGUCCCCUAUACUCGCGGGAGCAGCCAAGGCAGUAGAUGGACAAUAUUUAGAUCGCUCACACAGGGGGAAUGAGUGUACAAUAUCAGAUGAUAAUAAGGAGACAGCGUUGUGGAGAGUUGAUCUAGGGAGUGUUGUCAGUAUCAGCCACAUCGACAUCUACUACAGGACGGACAAUGAGCCAAGUCCUGGUCGUUAUUAUGAUCGAUUUGCAGGGUUUUAUCUGUACGUUUCAAAUACAACGUUGAAAGACGAUGGUCAUCUUUGUUUCCAUGAAAUGCAGAAUGCGAUUGGUACACCUGUUGAGGACCAGAGCAUCAACUGCUCUGUACAGGGACGAUAUGUUAUAUUCUACAACAAUAAUGAACGGAAACCGGAUGCGACGUAUCCUAGCUACUAUUCAACAUAUGCAUAUAAUGAUUUGUGUGAAGUGCAAGUUUGGGGUUGCCCUAAUACGUCAUACUACGGAGAAAAAUGCAGCAAUAGGUGUCCUGAUAAGUGCCAGGAGGGUAGGUGUGACGUAACAGGGGACUGUUAUGGAUGCGUGCCAGGUUAUCAAGGUCCUCGCUGCAGUCAGGUCUGUAAUGACCUUCGGUAUGGAUUGGGAUGUGCUUUCACCUGUGGUCACUGCAGUGAGGACGAAACCUGUCACCAUGUCAACGGCACUUGUAUGAAUGGUUGUAAUUACGGAGUGGAAGGAGAUAAAUGCCAGAAUGCAUGUCAACCUGGUAAUUACGGACGUGAUUGUAAACAUGUAUGCAGCCAAAACUGUGCAGUAACCAAUCGAUGUAACAGGACAACAGGGAAGUGUGACGGAGGCUGCAAAACAGGAUGGAAGGGAAUUCAAUGUGAUCAAAGUAUGUUUACACGAAUUUUUGAAUAAAAAUAAGAACUUAAUUAUAU